GGGAGGCCGGGCGAAACCAUUCAUCCGGGCAAUACUCUGAUGAAAAUAUGUGAAGAUUAAUGAACACUGCUCGGCAUCUAGAUUCGGAUUUCAAAGAGGAUUAAGGGCGUGUAUCUGAAUUAGAUGGUACGAUUACAAAUAUGGGUAAUUUAGGAUCGGAUUAGCCUCUUAAUCACACGGUUAUCGGCGCUGAACCCCCCCCCCUGCUAGUAAACAGCUAAACGGGCAAUUGGGAUGCGGGAAGGAUUUUUGGUGACGCUGCAAUGGGUACCUGCGAAGAUACCGAAAUUCAAACAAUCAUAAGGAUCCGAUUUGAUUUCACGUUGCUUUAGUCGUUUUUUACCGCUUCUUUGUUGACAUUUGUGGCCAUGAUUUUCCUGCGGAGGCUCGUGCAGCUGUUGGUGCUGCUGAUCCAGAGCGGAUGUUGGGGGGUUACGGCGAGCCCCACAGAUGAAGGAGCACUCCGGACCGGCCACGGCGAGCACGGAGAGCCGGGACAUCAGGAGCCUCACAAGGACUCCUACAGCACCUUCGCCUCCGAGUUCCUGGAGUCCAGAUAUCUGUCCGAUGACGGUUAUCCAUUCCCCACCGCCCCACCAGUGGAUCCCUUUGCCAAAAUCAAAGUCAGCGACUGUGGAGUAACCAAAGGAUGCAUAAGAUAUGGGAAGCCAGGGUGUGAUGCAGAAACGUGUGACUACUUUCUGAGUUAUCGUCGCAUCGGGACAGAUGUGGAGUACGAGAUGAGUGCAGACACAGAUGGCUGGGUGGCCGUAGGUUUCUCCUCUGACAAAAAAAUGGGAGGAGACGAUGUCAUGGGCUGUGUCCAUGACGAUAAUGGACGUGUACGGAUUCAUCACUUCUACAAUGUUGGCCAAUGGGCUAAGGAAAUAAAGAGGAACCCUGCAAGAGAUGAAGAAGGCAUUUUUGAGAACAACCGGGUGACCUGCCGUUUCAAGCGUCCAUUAUACGUCCCUAGAGAGGAGACACUUGUGGACUUACACCUGUCAUGGUAUUACCUGUUUGCAUGGGGACCUGCCAUACAAGGUUCCAUCACAAGGCAUGACAUUGACAAUCCACCUGUCAGCGACCGCAUGAUCAGCAUCUAUAAGUAUGAGGACCUCUUCAUGCCUUCUACAGCCUACCAGACCUUCAAUUCUCCCCUCUGCUUACUGCUCAUAGUAGCCCUCACCUUCUACUUACUAAUGGGAACACCAUAAUGAAGCACAGCAGACCACAUAGUGGAAAAAAGAGGGAUGAGAAGAGGAAGCAGCAAUAAAAACAAGUUGUCUGAUGCCACAUUCAAGUGUGCACUUUGCACAAAGAGACACUGUCUUAGAUAUAGUAAACACAAUAGAGAUUAUAUAUUAAUUACUCUGAACUCAUACAGAGGAUCUUGACACUUAAUAAACCUAUAUUGUAGAGUUGUCAUGUACUGGUGUCAGUACAAAACAAGAGGUGUGAUAGUGUUAUAGUCUAAAUAGGCCAAUUAUUUUCAGUAUUUAUGAUAGCUUCCAAGUAUUUAAAAAAUACUACUACACAUGACAAUAAGGAUACUCAAAAGUCUUCAGAAUACUGCAUGCACUGGGAAAUCUGGAAAUGAUUUCCAAAACCCACUGUCCACCGGUCAUGAGAAGACAGUGCUCAAGUUGAACUUGGCUAAAACGCAAAGGUUUUUGGAGGACAAAAGAAAACAAGCAGCUCAAAACCGUUUGCGCACACUCUUCUUGUCUCUUUACGGUCUUAUGUUUAAAUGGAUACCAAGCUUUGCAAAAACAAAAGAUAAAAUAUUUGUUGUUUGUACUAUCACAAAAUAUAGUUUCCAAGGUUUUAGGGACUGCCUACAGUACAAUAUGUACUUACCAUGCAAUAGAUCUUCAUUUACUUUUUCUUUGGCACUCAAACACUUGGCUCCUCUCACUUUUCCUCACUUUCCUUUUUUAGAUUGUUUCCCCUUUCUCAACCACAGUAGCUGUUGGACAUGUUUAUCAGUACAAACAGAGAGAGACUGCUAUAUGAGUUACUGUUGCAAGCAAUAACACACUGAACAGGAGCAACCUGUGGAUUGAAGAACAGUUUGCCUUGAACAUGGACUAUUUUUUCCCCUGGGCUGUUAUUGUAGCCUUUUGAUCUGUAUUAAAAAAUUGAUUGAUAGGUUAAAAUGCCUCCAACUGACACA